CGAAGCCUCCGAGCAGCUGUCCAAGCAGCAGCUGCCGCCGGGCUCAGCGAAGACGGAUGGGGCGAGCGCCAGAGCCAGCUUCCUGCCUGCGCGCCCGACUCCGCCUCCGCCUCGCCUCCGCCUCCUCCGGCCUCCCCCCACGUGUGUCCGUCUGUCUCCGCCUGGACUCCGGGGAGGGAAAGCAUGGCGUCCAGCGAAGAGGACGGCGGAGCCGGCAACGGCUCGCUGGAGGAGAAGGAGAGCGGCAAGGCGGCCGCCCCUCGGCGCCGCGGCUCCGUCACCACCGCCUGGCUCAUCUUUUACAACAUCACCAUGACGGCGGGGUGGCUGGUUUUGGCUAUUGCCAUGGUGCGGUUUUACAUGGAAAAAGGAACACACAAAGGCUUAUACAAAAACAUUCAAAAGACACUUAAAUUUUUCCAGACUUUUGCUUUGCUUGAGAUAAUCCACUGUGCAGUUGGAGUAGUGCACACUUCUAUGCUUGUGACUGGGGUCCAAGUGAGUUCCAGAAUCUUCAUGGUGUGGUUUAUUACACAUAGUGUGAAGCAGAUCCAGAAUGAGGACAGCGUUAUUCUUUUUCUGGUCGUAUGGACUGUGACAGAGAUUACUCGAUAUUCCUUCUACACAUUCAAUAUGCUCAACCACUUGCCAUACUUCAUAAAAUGGGCCAGGUACAAUUUUUUCAUCAUCUUAUAUCCCGUGGGAGUCAUCGGUGAGCUUUUAACCAUUUAUGCUGCCUUACCUUACGUGAAGAGAUCGGGGAUGUUUUCAGUGAGGCUUCCCAACAAGUACAAUGUCUCUUUUGACUACUACUAUUUCCUGCUCGUCGUCAUGGCAUCCUACGUACCACUGUUUCCGCAACUGUACUUCCACAUGCUUCGUCAAAGAAGAAAAGUGCUUCACGGUGAAGUGAUUGUAGAAAAGGAUGAUUAAAAACAAGCCCUUUUAACCACGGUGCUUUUUCAGAGUAACAAACCAAAAUCCAGAACGUGUUGCACGAGUCCAAGUGUGAAACCAUGGGACAAAAAUAACCAGUGCACAAAACCAAUAUAGAUCAUAUUAUUUAGUAACGCUAAUAUUUUUCGGACCUCACUAUUUCAAGUCUGCAUUAAUUUUUGGUACUGUCUCCACCCCCACUUGUCAAAUUUAGGGGCCUUUUCAUAUGUUCAAAACACCGCAUGUACUUGGAGCUGGCUGCUUUCUUCUGUGGAAGGUUCCUAGCCAUUAGGAGAGCUUUUCAGGGGAAUGCAGGAAUUCCACACACAUCCCUUGGGAUCCUGGCCUGAGUCUUCCUUUAAAUGUCACCAUAGGCCUAUCAGAUUUCCCGCCUGUUAAUAUCUUAUAUGGAGAAUUAAUAAAAUGUACCUUUUAUCUGUGUACAUAUAAUAAAUUAGAAACUUAAGACCAUUUCAAUGGUUGCCAAAAAAAAAAAACCCUGAAUGGUUUUCAGAAGCAUCUCCUUGAAACUGAUGCCAAGUGGGCUGUUCACUGUAAAUGGAGAUGGGAAUGAGCUCAGUCUUAAAUGCUGCAAUAUUUUUUUUUAAGCUCCUGGAAGGCAGUUGUCCUAUUUAAAAGAAUUCACUACUAGAUACCUGCAAUAUGUUCUACACAAAAAGAUCGGAUCAAAAAUUCAGCUGUCCAGAUAAUUUAAGGACAAGGGGUAUUUUUGUUCAUUUUGAAAAAUGUUUAUGUGCCAAAAGACAAUCAAAAAGGGAAAAGUGUAUGGAAAUUCGUUUGCCCUCUGCACGUUGGCAAUCUGUGAUACAUGAAAUUUUGGUUUACACGCCUGUUUAGCAGGCGUUUAGCUCAGUAGACAGGAUCCAAAGAACUGCACAACCCAUGGGACCUUUGGGCAGUCCUCUGUGUAAUAUAGAAAACCUGUUUUGAAACCGAAGGUUUUCUGCUCAGAAACUGGUGGGGUGGAGUCAAAUGAUUGCAUGUGCAUUAUGCAGAUCUUUAGCUCCCAGCCUUUGCGCCUUAUUGUAAAAGAAUGUAAAAUCAUGAUAAAUAAAGUACAAGUAAAGGAAAUUCAGGGAAAGAAAAACACUGGAUAUUUGCACCCAGCACCUGCAGUCUAGUCUCACACAUCCUGAAAUCUGACUCAAGGGUCAGGGGAUUCUACAGAGCACCUGACCUUGGGAAGCUGCCAAGAGGGGUGUGUGAUCCCUUUCUGCUUUCUGCUUGUGCUAUAGGAUCUUUGGAUCCAAGCUGUGAUGUGAUUAUAGCUUGUGGUGAAAUCUUUCUUCAAAUAUACUUGAGUUUAUGUGCCUAGUCCUUUCAAAUUGUGUAUUAGCAAGGUUUUAGCUGAGGGGAGGGGGUGCAGCUCUUUACUGUACACUUUUUACUGUAAGUGCUUUUCCGGCAAUAUAACAAUUUUAUUUUGGGGGUGGGGCCUCUGCAAUUAAAAAAAAACCCACACAAAGGUGCUCUAACCAUUUUUCAUGUUAUGUUAAGCUUUUAAAAUAUAGUAUCACACAAAAUCAUUCAGCUGUGUUUAGAUUAAAGGGUUUCAAGUUGCAUCCGUUAUAUUUUUGCAAUUACUGUUUAAGCCUGAUAUAUAUAUUUUUUCCUUUUAAAAACGUCAAACUAUUUCUUACAAAAUAUCCAGGCAGCUCUUUGGUACAUGUUUCUGAAUUGGUACGGAGAAGAACUAUGUGAGAAGAUCUACUAUUUUUUCAAUGGUUAAUACGGUUACCUUUUCUAGCAUUUUAACUUCUUAAUGCCUAAGUAUAUGAAGUGCCUCAUCCUGUAAUUCUUGCUGAUCUAAAUUGGAAUUUCUGCAGCUGCUCUUUAAGUAGAAAUAUUUGGUUCUCAUGUAUGCUGUCGUUAAACCUGAGGAUGUUGUCAUACAGUAAACAAGGAAAUAUUGUAGGUAUUUUUUUUACCAUUUUGUACAUCCAAUAUUAAAAUAAUACAAUUUCUUGCAA